CGCAGCCAUAGCAGCAGGAGUAGCGGCGCUGUAAACAAAGGCCAAGCGGUGCUUCGUAGGCUUCUCAGUAGUCUUCUGGUUAUGAGCAAGUUAAUCCUUAAAUAAUGAAAACGACAGUGUUGGCCGAGGGAGUGGAGAGAAAAAACAUUUGAAAAUAUCGUCGGGCCGGCCGCAGCAGGACGGAGCCGGACAGUCUUCUCCGGAGGGCCAUGUUUAGUCUGAUGGCUAAUUGCUGCAACUGGGUGAAGCGGUGGCGGGAGCCUGCCAGAAAAAUCACAUUGGUGAUGGUCGGACUUGACAAUGCUGGCAAGACUGCAGCAGUGAGAGGCAUUCAAGGAGAAAAUCCAGAAGAUGUUGCUCCAACUGUGGGAUUUUCAAAAAUUGAACUGAAGCAGGGGAAGUUUGAAGUGACUAUAUUUGACCUGGGGGGAGGCAAACGAAUCCGAGGGAUUUGGAAAAAUUAUUACUCCGAGUCUUUUGGAGUGGUGUUUGUAGUGGACUCCAGUGACGUAGAAAGAAUUGAAGAGACUAAAGAGACAAUGGCGGAAGUUCUAAGGCAUCCAAGAAUUUCUGGAAAGCCUGUCUUGGUGCUGGCGAACAAGCAGGACAGAGAUGGAGCAUUAGGGGAAGCGGACAUCAUUGAGUACUUGUCUCUGGAAAAGCUUGUUAAUGAGAACAAGUGUUUGUGUCAGAUUGAGCCUUGCUCUGCAGUUCUUGGGUAUGGAAAGAAGCUGGACAAGUCCAUUAAAAAAGGCCUUGGAUGGUUACUAAGCAGUAUUGCCAAAGACUAUGAGGCCUUGUGUGAGCGUGUACAGAAGGAUACUGCUGAGCAGAAGGCUCAGGAAGAGCGAGACAAAAGAGAAAGAGCUGAGAGGGUCAAAAGAGUGAGAGAAGAAAGGGAACAGAGGGAACGAGCAGAAGCCGAACGAGAGGGACGUCCCAUACAGGAAGAUGACCAUGAUUCCAGUACUAUAAUGGUUAAUCCCUUUCAACCCAUCGGUCAUGUCAUUCAAGAGAAUGAACAAAAACUGGGAAAAGACAACCCUAAGAGGAAAUCUGAGACUGAAGUUGAAGACAAAAGUGCAAACCCUGCAGCAUCAACCCAGAAUGUUAGAAAAAUGGAGGCCACAAAUCAUCCUCUCGAGGAACAGAGUCCACGAGGAAGCAACAGUAGCAUGGUUCAGACAUAUGCAACAGCACUAAAGCAGCAGCUUGAGCAGGAAGACGAGGGUGAAGAGGGGGAUGAAGAGGAGUGUAGCGAACGACAGACUCCAGACAGUGCGGGCUCAGAGCAAACAAAAAAGAAGACUAAGAAGUUGUGUCUGAAGAGGAAGCACAGGAUAGAGCCAGUCAGCACAGAUGAGGCUGUUCCUGAAAGCCCAGCCCCGCCAGCACCCCCUGUUGGCUGGGCCACCCCAAAAGUAACUAGACUUCCUAAACUUGAACCACUUGGGGACACAAGACACUCUGAUUUUUAUGGAAAGCCUCUUCCUCCAGUUUCCAUCAGGCAAAGACCAAACAGUGAUGCACAUGAUGUAAUCUCAUAAGCAGUGCUUCAAUAGCUGGCUACAAAGCCAGUGAGAUAAGAGCCAUGCCACUGCCUCAGCUGAAACAGGCAUGAGUGAAGAUGUACUCUUCAGGAUCAGUGCUUGUUCUGCUGUGAAGGGCGGCCAAGCAGUCAAGGCACAAGCACUUGCACAUGACACUCUCAAGUCAGGGAUUAGUUGGGACUGGCAAACAGUCACUUUCUGGCUUUGCUGGCACACUUGGUAGGGCUGAUGUGAUCAUUUCAUAAUAAGUGGGCAUGCCAGCCAUCAUUCUUUCUGCUUAGUUGCUUAUGCAGGUGGUACAGCACAGACCUUAGCUUAGUUAUCUUAGUAUUUAAGUGAUUGCUGUACUCUAUAGUGGCCUAUCCAGAUGCCCUUUGUGUACAUUCUGUGCUGAACCUCAGGCAUCCAUGCAACUGUGGAGGUGUCUUUCUAAAAGAAUACAUGAGGCUGGCAAGAAGCAAGAGUUUCCGAGUUUAUUUAGUGACCCAUGUGCCAAAAAUUGCUUCAUGACAAUGUGCAGUCAGAAUGUGUAUAGAAAACAAAAUCAUGCUCUUAGGGUUCGGUAAAAUAUAUAUUUUUCAUAAAAACAUUUUCAUUUCUAAGCUUAUUUUAUCAUAACAAAACUACUGCUUCUUUCUCAGGUGGUAUUCAUGUGUGACAUUUCAUUGUGGGGCCAAAAAGGGCACAAUUGCCAAUGUCUAGUCUUGAACUUAAGGAGCUGCUAGAUGGGAUUCAUGAGGCAGGACAUUGGGUGGACUGAAAUGGCAAAUAAGCAAAAGCAGUUAAUGUUUUUUUGUGUGGCACCUUUUAUGGUAAAAAACUGACGAAAUUAUUUAACAAAUAAUACAGCCAUUUCAGAGUAGUGGAUGCUGUGCCAGAGCAUUUAUUUUGCCUGCUUGUGAUGACCGCUAAGUGAUUCUGUUGGAGUACAGAGAGAUAUCCUUAGAAUAAAGAGUGCAGUUUGAUUAAGGCCUCAUGGACAGUCUUGAGUUAGAGGAAGACACCUAGUGGUGUAACAGUCAGUUACUGUAGAGAGGUGGAAUAUACAUGGUCUUGAAGGAUAGGUUUGGUAUUUUUCAGGUCAAAGUUAUUUCUUCACAAUCAUGGUAUAUAUUAAUUUGACACACAAAACUAUUCUAAUGUAAGCAUUUUUUAUAAAAUUUUUAAAAUAUUUUUUUUGUUCUUGCAACUUACAAUAGAACUAUAUGGAACCACCUGUCUAUACGUGAAAGAACAGCCUCAAAACCUACCAAAUACAUCCAUUUUUGAGCCAAAAAUGUCAAGUAUUGAUCCAUGUCUUGAGAUUAAACACAUAUUGCCAAACAGCAUAUUCAUGUCAUUUUAAGAAGGAAAAAUGCAAACAAUUGUUGUGAGAUUCAGCGAUUUUAAAAGGAGACUGUGAGACUCCCGUCUUUGCCAAAAACAAACAAUUACACAUUCACCUAUAUUCUUUCAUUAUAAUAAAGAUAGUAUCUUCUCCAAUUAGAUUGAUAAAGCAUGCAUGUACUUCAAUGAGAGAGAAUAUUGAGAUUGCCUAACAGGCAAGUGAGGCAGAUGACCAGUGCUUGAGUGGGAGAAAGCCGCUAUAGGGUAUUGGUGUGUACUGCACCAUUUCAAGCCCUGCAUAAAUUAAUUCAUUCAUUCAUCUUCCUAACCAGCUUCACGAGGGCAGAGUCACAGUCUAGAUGGAUCUUAUCCCAGCAGGUAUUGGACACAAGGCAGGAACAAACUGCCAGAAAGAGUGCAUGUCUUUCGCAGAGGAAGCACACACACACUUUAAGGCCUAUUCACUAAAGUAGUCGCGUCAAAGUUUAGUAGGUUCAGUACAAAUGUUUUAACAUGGGCAGAGUGGGUUGUUAUUCCUGCCUCACAAUGCCAGGUUCAACAUGGAGUCAGCAUGCAUUUACAGAUUGAUUGACAUCAGGAUCAAUUAAUUUACUCACUUAAAACAUUGUACUUAGUUCUUUUAUUAGUGUAUCGUCAGUAUGCCUGACUUAUCUUGCAUUAAAUAACAAUAAUGGGCUUAUGCCACUUCAAUCUGCUCUUGUUUCUGAGGAAUUUUUUUUGUUGUUUUUGGAUUGUUUGUUCCCAAGACAUGAAAAGGCAAAAGUGUCCUGUCACUUAAAAAAAAAAAAA